CUGGUCUGGCUCAAAUGCCGCAGUGUUUUGUGCCAGUCUAACCGAACAGGCUUCCGCACAGAGAAUUAAGCUCCAUGGAGAUUUUGUCAGACGACGAAGAAGGCGUCUCCUCGAGCCUUGCCGCUGCGCCCGCCACGACCUCGUCCGCAGCAACGCCUUGUCCAGUUGCGGCGACAGCGGCUGUCGACAUACUCGAGGACUCGGACGACGAGCUGCUGCGGGCCCGGCCGUGUGCGGCGCCGCCUGCGGGCGCUCCGCCCGCCGCCGCCCCGCCGCCAGCGCAGGUGCAUCCAGGGCGAUCGCUGCCUUUGGCCGAAGGCGCCCCGCGAAGGCCGCGCCAGGAACGCCAGCUGCGCUCCCGUCCGCGCCGCCCGGGAAGGCUGCGGCUGCGCCGUCCGAGAAGGCUGCGCCGCCCGAGAAGGCUGCACCGCCAGAGCGCGCCCCAGCGACGGCGCCCGACGCGCCCCAGCCGGUGCUCUCCCCAAAGGCUGCGCCGGCGCCGGCCGCGCCACGAACGCGGGCUGCUCCUGGCGUGCAGGGCGGGCACGCCGAGGCUGACCACCCUCGGGCAGCCGAAGGGGGCGAGCAGGACUCACCAGAGGAGGCUGGCCUCGCCGAGCGGCUCACCGCAGCGGAGGCGGCGCAGGAGGCCCAGCAGGCGAGUGCCAGCAAGGAGCGCGCCCACCUGCAGCAGAUGCUGGAGAGCGCGGAGGGUGCCAGGCCGCAGGCGGAGGCCCGCCUCUCCGAGCAGCUCGCCACGAGGAGGGCGGCGCAGGACCCUCGGCAGAAGCGCGCCAGCGAGGAGUACGCGGAGAGCCAGCGACGGCAGGCCAGCCUCUCGGAGCAGCUCGCCGAGCUGAGUGUGGCGCUGGACUCCCAGCAGGCGCUCGCCACGGAGCAGCGCCUCCAGGGUCGGCAGCGGCUGGAGGAGGCGGAGGACUCGCAUCGGCAGCAGCAGCUCGGCCUCUCUGAGCGGCUGGCCAAGCUGGAGGUGGCGCAGGACUCUCAGCAGCAGCGCGCCAGGGAGGAGUACGCGCAGAGCCAGCAGCUGCUGGAGGAGGCAGAGAACUCGAAGCAGCAGCUGCAGGCCAGCCUAUCCGAGCAGCUCACCGAGCUGCAGGCGGUGCGGGACUCUAAACAGAAGCUCGCCAGCGAGGAGCAAGCGCAGCAGCGGAAGCAGCUGCAGGAGGCGGAGGAUUCAAAGCUGCAUCUGCAGGAGAGGCUCUCCGAGAAGAUCACUCGCCUGGAGGCCGCGGAGAGCUCGCUGCAGAAGCUCGCCAGCGAGGAGCGCGCGCAGGGUCGGCAGUUGCUGGAAGCGGCGCAGAGUUCCAGGGCGCAGCUUCAGGCCAGCCUCUCUGAGAAGCUCGCUGAGCUGCACGCCGCUCAGGAGUCCCAGGAAGAGCGCGCCAGCGAGAGGCACGCACAGAGCCGACAGCUCUUGGAAGAGGCGGAGGGCUCGAAGUUGCAGCUGCAGGCGAGCCUGUCCGAGAAGCUCAGCAAGCUGGAGACCGAGAAGGACUCCCAGGACAAGCGCGCCAGCGAGGACCAGGCGCAGCUGAGGCAGCUACUGGAAGAGGCGGCGGACUCGAAGCUGCAGCUGCAGGCCAGCCUCUCCGAGCAGCUCGCCAGGCUGCAGGCCGCGCAGGACUCCCAGCAGGAGCGCGCCAGCGAGGAGCGUUCGCGUGGUCAGCAGCAGCUGGAAGAGGCGGAGGAGUCGAAGCGGCGGCUGCAGGCCAGCCUCACCGAGCAGCUUGCCGUGCUCGAGGCUGCGCUGGAGACGCAGAGGGUCCAGGCCAGCGAGGAGUGCUCGCAGAGCCGGCGGCUGCUGGAGGAGGCGGAGGUCUCGAGGCGUCGGCUGCAGGAGGAGGUGGAGGACUCGAGGCGCCAGCUACUGGACGAGGCGGAUGAGUCGGGGCGCCGGCUGCU